AUGGCGAACAAACUCGAUCAAGUGGUGGCCCACGAAGAGCAUCAUUCGGAUGGUAGUGACAUCGAGAAGAGUCUACGUGCGAAUGGCCCCGGUAUCGACCUCAAUCACAACACUGCUGCAAAGAUCACAAACCCGCUCGCCGGCAUUCCUGCAGAGGAGUUGCUCCAAGAUGUGAAGAGUUUUGCGCAAAGAAAUGACCUGGUCGACAUUCUCCCUCUCCUCGAAAAGGGCGCAUUGGUCGCUCAAGAUCCUGCUGCCUUUGACACCGUUGCCGGCAUCGCCGACGACGAAAGGACAGCCCUUCAAGACGAAAUUUUGCGCAAAUGGCGCCAGCCGUGGACCUUGUAUCUCACCAUCGCACUGUGCUCUAUCGGCGCCGCAGUACAAGGCUGGGAUCAGACUGGAUCCAACGGGGCCAACUUGUCCUUCCCUACCGAGUUUGGCAUUCCAGACUCUGCCGGUUCCCCCAACGCCGCUCGAAACCAGUGGAUUGUCGGGGUGGUUAAUUCGGCUCCGUAUAUGGCCUCGGCCUUGUUCAGCUGCUGGCUGUCCGAUCCUCUGAACAAUUGGCUGGGACGACGUCCUGUCAUCUUCGUCGCGGCCAUUUUCUGCUGCUUCUCGGUCAUUGGCUCCGCUGUCACUCAAACAUGGGAGCAGCUCUUUGUGACGAGACUUCUUCUCGGGGUAGGAAUGGGACUCAAGGGAUCAACCAUCCCCAUCUUUGCUGCUGAGAAUACACCUGCUCCAAUUCGAGGCGCGCUUGUGAUGUCUUGGCAACUCUGGACUGCUUUCGGGAUCUUCCUCGGCUGUGCCGCCAACAUGGCGGUGAAAGAUGUCGGUCGCAUCGCAUGGCGCUUGCAGCUGGGCUCGGCCUUCAUUCCAGCCGUACCGCUGUGGGCAUUUAUAUUCCUGGUGCCAGAGUCUCCUCGGUACUAUAUCAAGAAGCAGAUGUACCGCAAAGCCUACAACUCUCUUGUACGUCUCCGCAAUACCGAGUUGCAGGCUGCUCGGGACUUGUACUACAUCAGCUACCAGAUCAAGCUGGAGAGAGAGCUUCUCGGUGCCCAUUCAUCCUCCUACUUGCGCAGAUUCACCGAGCUCUUCACCAUUCCGCGCAUCAGACGCUCUACCCUCGCGUCCUUUGUGGUCAUGAUUGGCCAACAACUUUGCGGUAUCAAUAUCAUUGCCUUCUAUUCUUCAACUAUAUUUGCGCAGGCAGGUGCUUCGGUGACAGGCGCCCUGGCUGCAUCACUGGGGUUUGGCCUGGUAGCCUUCGUCUUCGCGUGGCCGGCGGUGUUCACAAUCGACACCUUUGGUCGUCGAUCGCUUCUGCUAUUUACCUUCCCGCAGAUGGCGUGGACCUUGUUGGCUGCUGGAUUCUGUUACUGGAUCCCGUCGGAAAGCAAGGCUCACGUUGGACUGGUGGCGCUCUUCGUCUACAUCUUCACGGCAUUUUACUCCUGCGGAGAAGGCCCUGUGCCUUUCACCUACACAGCAGAAGCCUUUCCACUAUCUCACCGAGAGGUUGGUAUGGCGUGGGGUGUAGCGACAUGUUUCUUCUGGUCCACGGUUCUGAGUCUGACAUUUCCUCGAAUGCUGGGCGCUUUGACUCCUCAGGGGGCUUUUGGUUUCUAUGCCGCUUUGAACAUUGUGGCAUUCGUGAUGAUAUUCCUGUGGGUUCCAGAAACCAAGCAGCGAACUCUCGAAGAGCUGGACCACAUAUUUGCCGUCCCUACACGAAGACACAUGGCAUACCAGCUCAAGCAAACCCUCCCAUACACCGUCAAGCGCUACAUCUUGUUCAAGAAAGACGUCAAGCUCGAGCCCUUGUAUCACUUUGACAGAAAUCUCGCUGAUGGACAGGCACUGCGCGAUCGAUUGCGUCACUAG